AUCACGUGUGCUGUCAUUGAGCUCUCGACACAAAACAUGUUAUCUGGGACAAUACGCAUGAUGACCGCCCUCAUGAAUGCGCUCUUGCUUGGAUUUGGCCUUGAUUUGGGGCAUCGAAUGGCCUUCUGGGAAAAC